UGUCUAACCUCAUGGUCUGUAUCAUGCUGCGUAACGGAGGUGUUGGGAAUGGAGGGCAGCCGUGUAUGCUGAGAUGGUCCAACCGCAUCCGGCUGACAUGGCUCAGCUUCACGCUGUUCAUCAUCCUGGUUUUUUUCCCGCUGAUCGCCCACUAUUACCUGACCACUAUUGACGGGGGGCUGGACGAGGCUGGACCCCGUAUCUUCGAGGCUCGAGCCGGGGGGUCGCUGUGCGAGGUCAGGCACGUCCACGACCUGUGCCGCAUCCGGGAGUCGGUGAGCGAGGAGCUGCUCCAGCUGGAGGCCAAGAGACAGGAGCUGAACAGCGAGAUCGCACGGCUCAACACCAAGAUCGACUCCUGUAAGAAGAGCAUCGAGAACGCCAAACAAGACCUGCUCCAGCUCAAGAACGUCAUCAGCCAGACCGAGCAUUCCUACAAGGAGCUGGUAGCCCAGAACCAGCCUCGCCUCUCACUCCCCGUCCGGCUGCUCCCGGCCAAGGACGAGGUGGACAUGCCCCCACCCCGGAACCCCGCCUCCUGCCGCCUCCACACCUGCUUCGAUUACUCUCGCUGCCCCUUGACCUCCGCCUUUCCCGUCUACGUCUACUCCCCUGAGCAGAACCCCCUCACCCCCGCCAUCGACCCCGCCCUCAGGCAGGCCUUGCAGGCCAGUGUACAGACUAAUGCCUAUGUGACGGACAAUGCUGAGAUAGCCUGUGUGUACGUGGUGUUGGUGGGGGAACUGCUGGAAGCCACCUCGAUGACGCCUGGCGAGCUGGAGAAGCAGCUGCACUCGUUGCCGUACUGGAGAGCGGACGGACGCAACCACAUCCUCCUGAACCUGUCCAAGCGCUCACAGACCCAGAACCUGCUGUAUAACGUCAGCACGGGCAGAGCCAUGGUAGCACAGUCCACCUUCUACCAGGCUCAGUACAGGCCCGGAUUUGACGUGGUGGCCUCUCCUCUCGUCCACGCCAUGUCCGAGCCCAACUUCCUGGAGAUCCCACCGCAGGUUCCUGUCAAGAGGAAAUAUCUCUUCAGCUUCCAGGGGGAGAAGAUCGAGUCGCUGCGCUCCAGCCUACAGGAGGCCCGGUCAUUCGAGGAGGAGAUGGAGGGCAACGCGCCUGCGGACUAUGACGACAGGAUCAUCGCCACGCUGAAGGCCGUGCAGGACAGUAAGCUGGACCUGGUGCUGGUGGAGUUCACCUGCAAGAGCCCCGCACGUCCCAGCCUGCCCACCGAGUGGGCGCUGUGCGGGGAGCGAGACCACCGGCUGGAGCUGCUGAAACUGUCCACCUUCGUGCUGAUCGUCACCCCGGGCGACAGCAGGCUGCUGGCUUCCGCGGGCUGUGCCUUCAGGCUGUUUGAGGCGUUGGAGGCGGGUGCUAUCCCUGUGGUGCUGGGCGAGCACGCUGAACUGCCCUAUCAAGACACCGUGCGGUGGAGUGAGGCCGCGCUGGUGGUGCCCAAACCGCGCAUCACUGAGCUUCACUUCCUGCUGAGGAGCCUCUCUGACAACGACCUCCUGAACAUGAGACGUCAGGGCCGCUUCCUGUGGGAGACCUACUUCUCCACCUCCGACAGCGUCCUCAACACCGUCCUGGCCACGGUGAGGACCAGGCUGCAGAUCCCGGCCGCCCCCAUCGCCGAGGAGAGGUCCAGCGAGAUCCCACACAAGUCGGGCAAAGCUGCGGGCACCGACCCCAACAUGGCCGACACCGGGGACCUGGACCUGGGGCCGGUGGAGACGGAGCCGCCCUACGCCUCCCCCAAAUACCUGAGGAACUUCACCGUCACCGUCCUCGACAUGUACAGGACCUGGAACAGAGCCCCGGGGCCCUUCCACCUCUUCCCCCACACCCCCUUCGACCCAGUGCUGCCCUCCGAGGCCAAGUUCCUGGGCUCCGGCACAGGGUUCAGGCCCAUCGGGGCGGGGGCUGGAGGCUCCGGGAGGGAAUUCCAGGCAGCGCUGGGAGGGAACGUUCCCAGGGAACAGUUCACUGUGGUCAUGCUGACCUACGAACGAGAGGAAGUCCUCAUGAACUCCCUGGAGAGACUGAAUGGACUUCCCUACUUAAACAAGGUCCUGGUGGUGUGGAACUCCCCCAAAUCACCCUCCGAAGACCUCUUGUGGCCUGACAUAGGAGUCCCCAUCGUGGUGGUUCACACUGAGAAGAACAGCCUGAACAACCGCUUCCUGCCCUGGGAUGUCAUCGAGACCGAGGCCAUUCUGUCCAUCGAUGACGACGCCCACCUCCGCCAUGACGAGAUCAUGUUUGGCUUCCGAGUGUGGCGCGAGGCCAGGGACCGAAUCGUGGGGUUUCCGGGCAGAUACCACGCCUGGGACAUGAACCACCAGUCGUGGCUCUACAACUCCAAUUAUUCCUGUGAGCUCUCCAUGGUACUGACAGGAGCCGCCUUCUUCCACAAGUAUUACGCCUACCUGUACUCCUACGUCAUGCCCCAGGCCAUCCGCGACAUGGUGGACGAGUACAUCAACUGUGAGGACAUCGCCAUGAACUUCCUCGUCUCCCACAUCACCAGGAAGCCCCCCAUCAAGGUGACGUCUCGCUGGACGUUCCGCUGCCCGGGCUGCCCACAGGCUCUGUCUCACGAUGACUCUCACUUUCACGAGCGUCACAAGUGUAUCAACUUCUUUGUGAAGGUGUACGGCUACAUGCCGCUGCUCUACACACAGUUCCGCGUGGACUCAGUGCUCUUCAAAACCCGACUGCCUCACGACAAGACCAAGUGCUUCAAGUUCAUCUGAGGAGGAGAGUGAGAGAGAGAGAGAGAGAGAGGGAGCGAGAGAGCGCACCCACACAUGAGGGAGGUGGGCUCUCACUCGCACAUACUGGACAAUUCGUUGCCAAAACUUUAUGAGUCAGGGGGGAAGAGGGUAAAAACACUGCAUUCACCCCAUUCUCCUCCCCCAUUCUUCUCCCUCUCCCCCCACCACCCCCACUCGCUCACUUUUAUGUUCACCUCAUCUUCUAACCAGCCUCCAUCUCGCUGCUCAUAUUUAAUUCAUACUUUGUGAUGCCUGUAAGCGGAGGCAAACGGUGCGGUGUGAGAGAGAGAACGAGAGAGAGAGAAUGAGAAAGAGAACAAACAAAA